AUGGGCGGAGGAUAAAGCUUGCAAUAUAUUCUUACAAUAGAUGAAGCAAACAAAAUACUUUUGAAUGAUCUUCAUAGACUCAAAAUUCUAUUCAAUAAACUAAGCAGCAAUAGCAAUACAAUUAGAUGCACAGAGUUUCAUUAUCAGCUAUUCGAGGGGAUGACUAGAAAUUUUGAUCGGAAUUUGCGGUCAGACAAUGACUUGAAUGCAACUGCCACUAGAGAUUGGAAAUACAGAUUGACACGCUUGAUCUUUUAAGAGUUCGCAUUAGAGUAGUAGAGUCCGAGUAUGACUUAUGAUGAGUUUCUGAUUGCGAAUGCAUUCUUGAAAACAGCAGAAAAUUUUAUCAAGGCAUAUGAGUUAAUGAAGCAGACGAUGUUUAUUUUCAACUGGAUUGACGUGAUCUAAUGUGAUUUUAGAGGUUUAGAAAAUGCUAAGCAAACUUCUGAAAAAUUUACAGAGACUCCAAUUCCAACUGAAUUUAGUGAAGAAGAGUAUCAGGUGCUUAGUAGGUAUUUCGAUCAAAAUAUCUUAAACAAUCGAGACAUCAAAAAGUCAUAGCAAGUCUUAGAAUAGUUAUUUGACUUAAGAGAUAUUCAUUUCAAACUUCGCAACAGAAUUAUUGAGAGUUUUCUCUAUGGCUCUAAUGAGCUGGGUCUAAGACCUAAAUUAAAUUAUCAAGAAAGCGAGAUUAUUGAAACAAUUCUAAAAGGCGAACUGAAUUUGAAAAUGUAUGCAAUGACAUAUAUGUAAAAAGGUGACAAGUAUUAUAUAAUUCCAAAGAAAUUCUGGACUUAAUGGCAAGAUUAAGCAAAUUGUGAGCCUCUAUUUGAAACUGGCUCAAACUAACUCAAGCCACUGAUUCUAGAUCAGAAUAUUGUUGUGAUUCCUUAAAGGGUUAUGAUUGCAUUUAAGAAAUGGUAUGGCUGUGAAAGACUAAUUCAACGAGAAGUGAAGAGUUGUCCCUAAUACUCUAAUACACCUGAGGAUUAGCUGCAAGGCAAUGACUUAUAUACUAAGCUGGACGCUGUAGUUUUAAGCUUAGAGCUUGACGAGAUCUAUAUAAGAUUUGGAUUAUUAGAGGAAAAUGGAGAUAAACCCAUUUACCUAUACGAUUUAUACGUUAGCAAGUUUAUUAUAAUGGUAGACCUUAAGGAAAAGAUCUGUGCUAAGUUUGGCUUUAAAAAUCUCUAAGAUAUCAGGAUUUGGCAGAAACAAGACUAUCAUUUCACUGAUUAGGACUUGAUUAAGAAAUUGGAGGAUUUCCCCUUCAUGAUGGAUGGUAUGAAGUUUUACAUUGAAAGGAAACUUGAAAAUGACAUAUGGCCGACAGACCUUAGACAAAUGAAUAAAAAUCAAAAGAAUAACUCUAAGUUAAAAACAGUGGGAUGUAUGAAUCUAGGGAAUUCAUGCUAUUUGAACUCAGUGAUACAAUGCCUAGCAAAUAGUCCAUUCUUCUAAGAAUAUUUCUGCCAAGAUAUUUUUUAUCCGCCUACUAAGGACUACAGCAAGUAUCAUGACUAUAGGAAACAUAUUAAUACAUUCAAUAAUAUGGGGUAUGGAGGAAAUAUUGUUAAAGCUUUUGCAUAACUAGUAUAAUCAUUAUGGUCUUCAUAGAUAGUUUGCAUCAAUGAACCAAGAAAAUUCAAAUCAGUAUUUAGUGGCUAUUAAUAAACCCUGAGUCAGACAACUGAGACCUAGAUGAACUUGCCUAUGAGUAUUGGAGCAAUUUCCUAAGAAGAAACUGGAGUUUUAUAGCUUUCCUUUUUUUUGGGUAGUUAAAGUACAGCUAUAAAUGUAUUAAAUGCUAGCAUUCCAGAAUUUCAUUUGACUAGUAUUCAAUAUUGCCACUACCACUACCAGAGUCUAGUCUAAUUAACAGAUUAGAAAGAUCACUAGGAAUUAUUUAGAGAUAAGUUAGAGAGAACUCGUAAGCAGUCAAUGAAUUUCGAAGUAUUUGAAAAUACUUUCCAGAUACUUAAUUUAGAAAAACCAAUGAGAAUCUAACUUAAACUAGAUUAGAAUUUCAAACUAUAGGAUCUUCAGAAAUACCUGAUCAAUAAUUUCCCACAACUAGAUAUAUUGGAGGAAAGUUUGGAGUUUACUGAGCUCUCGAUCUACAGAUUUGACUCAAUUUUUGAAUCGAUACAUGACUUUCAGUAUAAAAAGACUGGUAUCACUGCCUACCCUGAGAACUCAACUUUCUAUUGUGCUGAACUACUCAAUAAAAAUGGAAAGGACAACAUUCAGAAAUAUUACUAAAGUAAUUGGAGUUCAAUUCAAUCUCAAAGCAAAUAGUUAUUCCUAUUAUACAAGGAAGACUAUGAAUCCAAAGAAUCGAGUCUUUUAAUGGAACUAGACACGAACGAGAGAAAUGAAAACAUAAGUGAUGAUGUUGCAGAUUCAAAUCAAGAAGAGGGUAUGAUGAUAUAACAAGUGAUUAGAACUAUCAAUCAUAUCGAUUUCUUUGUACAAUAAAAGCUGUAAUUUAUGGGUCAAUCAAAGAUUGAUCUAAGAUAGCCAAAUGAGUUCAUAGUUGUGUGCAUGAAUAGAAAGAUUAUCAAGGAAAAUCUUUACUACUUGAAAGAACAUAGAGUGGCUGGAUUCGGACAUCCAUUCAUCAUCAUGGCCAAUAGUUCUACGACAGGGAGACAGCUCUAUGAGGAAAUUUGGAUGAAAUCAAGAUUUCUGCUCAAUCUUUCUUUGAUGAAAGAGACCUAGGAUAGAUACAAUCUUUGGUGGACCAACAAAGAAUACGAUGCAAACAUGGGUCAAUAGUUAAGUCCGUUCGUGUUAAAGUAUGUUAAGAAUCAAUUCUAAGGUGAAUAUCAGUUGUGCUCUCAUUGUGACUGGACAUUAAAGUGCUUUGGCUGCUUAGUGAUGCCAGAUGAUGAAAAUAUUUACUAAAGUCUUCAAAGUAAAUCAUUUAUAGCAAUAGAUUGGAAUCAUAACUUCUUAGACAAGUAUGUCUAGCUAGACAAUUUCAAGCCAGUAGAUUAUUUUGGUUAGCAAACUCCUACAUACGAACCAUAUUAGGAUGUAUAACUAAGUGAAUGUCUCAGGCUAUUUAACUAGGUCGAAGUUAUUUCAGAAGAUGCUGGCAUGCACUGCAGCAAAUGCACUACAUUCACUGAACAUCAUAUUCAAUCUAGUUUGUCAAUGCUUCCCCCGAUAUUGAUUAUCUAAUUGAAAAGAUUUAAAGUGCUAGAGAGUGAAAAGAGAAAAAUUAACUAGAAUGUGAUUUUCCCACUUUAUGAUCUUGAUUUAAGUCAGUACCUAUCUUUAUCGAAUUAAGAUUAAAGCCAAAAUGAUAUGUCAACUAAGUACGAUUUAUAUGCUGUUGUGAAUCAUUUUGGAACAAUAAACAGAGGGCAUUAUACAUCAGCAGUUAAAAAUUUGUAAACAAAUAACUGGGUUUCUUAUGAUGACUCGUCUGUGAAGGACAUUCCCGAAUCUAAAGUGAGAAGUCAAUAUGCAUACAUUUUAUUUUAUCAGAGAAAAGAUCUGAUUUCUAAGAAUUUAAGAUAGGUUUUCCCAUUCAUUAGCUAAUAUGACAAGUAUAACCUAUUUAGAGGAAAGCCUAUAAAGCACAAAGAUCCAAAUAUACAAGGAGCUUAUGUGUGGAAUUAUGAUCCAAAAGCUGAAAGACCAAUUCAUCUUAAAGCUUUAGAAGGCUAGGAUAUUCAUGCGAGAAUCGAGGAUUUGUAGUUAGAUGAAGAGAUAGAUGAUCUGAGAGAAAUAAAUAAAAUGCAAGCUGAUGCUCUCAAAGGCCAGUCUAAAGGAUGUCAAAUUUAUUGA